UAGAUGAUAAGUAAUAAUAAUAAUUAAAUAUGGACAAUGUAAAUAAUGUUAAUAACAGUGCAUCCGCAAGCAAUAAGAACAUUUUACUUGCUUGUACGGGAAGUGUAGCAUCAAUCAAACUACCUUUACUAAUCGACAAGUUGUUCCAAAAAGCUGAAGACUCCAAUAUACAUAUAGAAAUAUCAGUUAUAGUAACAGAAUAUGCAAAACACUUCUUCGACCAAUCAGAAAUACCCCAAACCGUCAAAAUAUACACAGAUGACCAUGAAUGGAAAUUUUGGAACAAACGUGGUGACCCUGUUUUACACAUCGAUUUAACUAAAUGGGCAGACAUCAUGUGCAUUGCACCGUUGGACGCCAACACUUUGGCUAAAAUAUCAAAUGGUUUAUGUGACAACCUCCUAACCUGCACAAUCCGAGCCUGGAACACAUCCAAGCCCCUUCUGUUUUGUCCAGCAAUGAAUACGAGAAUGUGGGAUCACCCCAUUACAGCUCCACAAAUAAAGACUUUAAAAGAUUGGGGCUAUAUAGAAGUGCCUUGCAUUUCUAAGACUUUGGUGUGCGGUGAUACUGGUAAUGGUGCUAUGGCUGAUGUUAAUACUAUUGUUGAUGUUGUAAUUGGUGAAUUGAAUAAAAAAUUAUGA